UUUCAGGUGAACAAAGUAAAAAGAUGUCAUUAUUUCUUACCAGAUAACGUGGAGCAAAUUAUCAUCAUGGAUGACGAUACUCUUUUAAAUGGCGGACCACAAGGCUCUAGUGGGGAAGCUAGUGUCGUUCUUCUAGAUUUCUCCCAAAAGUUAAGUCUUGUGGAUGAUGGAGAAGAUGUUAGACCACAGAGAAUUGUUGUGGAUGAUGGAGAAGAUGUUAGACCUCAGAGAACUGUUUCAGAGACUUGUAAUUUACUGGAUACAAAUGAUGAACAAAGAUUAGUUUCCCCGAAUAUUGAAAUAGCAUCAGAAAAAUCAACUGUAGCCGCGCCCAAUGAAGGUGAAGAACAGAUGAAGUUCACAUGUUCCUGUGGUGAGAGGUUUGACAAGUCUGUGCAGCUGGCAUCACACAGACGUUGGUCAUGUAGGCUUAAAGAAAAAACAGCACAAUGCGAAGUCUGCAACAACUGGUUCGCCUCGGAUGCGGGCUUGAGGAGGCACAUGAAACAUGCCCAUGGUGGGAUCGUCAGCUGUGACAGUUGCAACUUGCGCUUCCCCAAUAAAAUUAAAUUGACGCACCAUUGGAUGGAGGCCCACCAUGAUGACAGUGUGGAGGAAUCCAAGUCCCUCAAGUGUUACGUGUGCGGGGAUACGAAUUUCGAUAGUAAAUUUGAACUGGAAUGUCACCUGGUUGUUCACAAGUAUGAGAAACACCAGGAAAAGUUGUCUCAGCAUGGACAUUGGCCGCACCAGACUCCUUGUUCCCCUUACCCUCCACCCUGUUUGAGACGAACGCUGCGCCAACAUCUUAGACCACGCUGGCCAUUUUUCCCCUUUCACCGCCCACCUUUUCCCUUCCAUCACCCGCCACAUUUUCCGUUUCUGCAUCACAUUCCUUUCUCCCCACCUGGUGCUGCUUCUUCAGCGCCCAGGAUGGAACGAGCAAACCCGCCCGGCUUAAGCACUGCAGAUGAAUCUGUUUUUACCUCUGUACACGGCACACCACCCCAGCCCCCUCGACAUGAUCACACCUAUAUAGAGCCCACUGACACGCCUGCAUUCUUCCCACCCCAUCUCUUCAAGCACCACCAGCACCACAGGUCACAUGGUAAGAUCAAGUGGAAGAAGUAUCUGAAACUCAUGAAGAAAGGGAUAGUACCCCCCCUGCAGAUGGAUCCACAGUACACAAAACUAUCUGAUGUGG